AUGCAUGUUUGUAAAAAUCUAAUUAUAAUAAUUUAUUCACAGUAUGAUUUGUCCGCGUCUCAAUUUUCACCGGACGGUAAAGUUUUUCAAGUAGAAUAUGCUCAAAAAGCUGUGGAAAAUAGUGGUACAGUUAUAGGUUUGAGAUGUGCUGAUGGUGUUGUAUUAGCUGUGGAAAAACUUGUUACUAGCAAGCUUUACGAACCUGGAGCCAACAAGAGAAUAUUUAAUAUUGAUAAACACAUUGGAAUGGCUGUUUGUGGAUUAAUAUCGGAUGCAAGACAACUCGUAGAUAGAGCAAGGCAAAUAGCUUCUAAAUGGAGAAGUGAAUUUGGUUCGCCGAUUCCAUUAAAAGCUUUAAAUGACAGACUUUCAAUGUACAUUCAUGCCUACACAUUAUUUUCAGCAGUUAGGCCUUUCGGAUGUAAUAUCAUAUUGAGUUCAUAUUCUGAAGAAAAUGGUCCUGAAAUGUACAUGAUCGAUCCCAGUGGAGUGUCUUAUGGAUAUUAUGCCUGUGCUGGUGGAAAAGCCAAACAAACUGCAAAAACAGAAAUAGAAAAAUUAAAAUUUAAAAAUAUGAAUUGUAAAGAUUUAGUAAUGGAAGCUGCAAGAAUAAUAUAUUUAGUACAUGAUGAAUUAAAAGAUAAACAAUUUGAAUUGGAAUUGAGUUGGGUUUGUGAGGAGUCUCGAGGAGUUCACGAAAGAGUACCGGAAUCAGUAUUUGCAGAAGCUGAAAAAUUGGCCAAAGACGCCAUGGAAGCUGACACAGAUUCCGAUGAUGAUAUGUAA